UGCGCCGCUCGCGGCGCUAUAUACGAGUUUUGCUGUAAAGCGUUGACUUUGAAAUGUUUCGUCAGACGUACGUGUCAGGCCAGGGCGCGCGCAUUAGACAAAUCAGGGUAGUCUCAGCCUCAGAUCUGAAGCCCGAGUCCGAGUACUACUAGUAGUAGGCCUACUCGUCAACGUUUCCAGAAGACAUGGAUCAGGCAGGACAGCCGAAACCUCGAAUAAAUGGAUCGAUGUUGUCCAAAUACCAAGGAAACGAAGUGUGUUUACUUGGACGUGUUAAAGAAAUUGACCCCAAUGGAACAUCGUUUGUGCUUGGAUUGAGUGAUAGUGUUGAUGUUCAUGUACAGCUACAAGAUCCUCUUCAGGAUCUGAUUGAAGGCAUGACAGAGGUCAUAGGUCAUGUGUCUCAAAAUCCAAAUGUCAUCAACUGUACCCAAUUUGUUAAUCUUGGAGAAAUGGACUUUGAUAUGACACUAUAUGAUGAAGCCGUUAAAAUCACUCAAGAAUUUCCUAAUUGCUACUUACAAGGCAGUUCUACCCAGUGAGGAGUUGAUGGCAAUCCCAUACAGCCCUGCAUGCCAGCACCACAGUGCGCUCUGGAGGACUCUGCUUGUCAAUUUUCAGCAAGCAGUACUCAACAUUUCAUUGUUACUUGUACUUACAUGAUUCAGGUUGUUAAAUACCUCAAUUUGGUCAUCACUACAAAAGUCAGUGAACGUAAUUAAGCUUUGCCAAGUUACAUGCAUUUCCAAAGAAUUUUUCCAUGG